UGCUGCUGCUGCUGCUGCUGCUGGUCUCAGCCGCCGCCGCCGCCGACGACGUCUCGGCGUCGGUGCUGGAGGUCGAACCCGCGGAAGCCGAGGUUACGCCGGACGGGCCGGCUGAUCCCGACAGGCUGUUCGAAGGCGCGGCUGAGGAGGCGGGGACGGAGUUGCUCGCCGUCGUCGUCGGGUGGAGCGUGAUGAUCUCGGAGCUCGUCCUCGUGACGGUGAUCUCCGUCGUCGUCGUCGCCGCCGCCUCGGGGGUGUGGGGCGGCGUCCCCCAGACGAUGGACGGCUCGUCGGGCGGCUGCGGGGUGUGCCGCGCGCGCGAGGAGGUACGGUUCGCGGGGUGGUGGGUGGUCCAAGACGAGGAGGAGGAGGAGCUGGGGGCCGCGGUCGAGUUGCCAAAUGUCGGGGAGGCGCCCGGGCCGGUGCUUGACGGUGCUGGGGUGCCUGUCACGGGUUCCGCGGAGGACGCUGCGGACGAUUGGUCGGCGGGGGUGGAGGACUCGGGGGCGCUAGAGGUUGGGGCCUCUACGCUGGUGCUUGGUUCCGCAGUCGAGAUGGGGUUGGGCUCGGUGGACCACCACCCUGUUGUGGUGUACGACAGGCUCGGCGUGUAUGGGCCCGUGCUGCCGAGGGUGCUGGGCCCGGGCCCGGAGGAGCUUGGGCCAGUGCCAUCGGUCGUGCUCGGGGAGGAUGAAGACGAAGGAAGGGGCUCCGUGGAACUCGGCUCAGACGAUAUGGGUUCUGCGCUGGAAGACUCGGGGCUGCCGGUUUCGGUCGCCGAACCAGUGGAGUCCGGAAUGGCGGACUCCGACACCGUUUCCGAGGGUCCCGAGGAGCCGAGACUGGUGGACGAGAGUGCCUCGGAGCUAAACCACGAACUUGGCGCCGAUCCCCACGAGGUUGGCUCAGCUCCGGCGGUUGAACUGGGCGCCGUGCCUUCGGAUGUGGUGUUCCCGUUUGCGGAUGUGCUGCUCUCCGGCGCGGUUGGCUUGGUCCUGGACCUUGUGGCACAUCUCUUCGACUUCAACGGGGUCGGAAGUGAAUCCGUGCUCUGUAGUCCUGGUGGGACAGUGGGUGCGGUGGUUCUCGUUGUCUCAGCCGCCCCUGAGCUGGAGGUUUCCGUAUCGGUGGAAGAUACAGGUUCCUCCGUCGAUGUGUCCGACCCUGCCCCUGUCGAGGUUGAUGGUUCCGAGAUUGGCUCAGCGCUGGAGGCUGCACUGGAGGCUGCGCUGGAGGCUGCACUGGAUGAGAUGGGCUCAGCGCUGGAGGUUGCCCAACCAGACGAGAUCGAUGACGAAGUGCUGUCUGGGCCAUUGCUGCUGGCGCUCGGGGCACCCGUCGCAUUCCCACUCGAUGUGGCAGACAAAGGAGCCGCAGUAAAGGUCUCAGAGAACCAGCUACUUUGCUGCUGCUCUGGGGACGAAGUAGGUGCGUCAGAGGCGGAGCUUGAUAUCUCCGCGAUACCGGUGCCUGGGGAGGAAGUCGUAGUGGUGCUUCCGGGAAGAGCCGAGCUAGAUGCCGUGAUAUCAAUCCCGGUGGUUCCAGAGCUCUCUACCGAGCUGGCGCUGGAAGAGGCAGGCUGGGGGGCAGACGUGGGCGUUUCUGACGCGGUCGUUGACCAGUACCCUGUUCCAUUGGUGCCGGUCGUGGAUGGCACCCCGGAUGGCUCGGACAAAGGCAAGGUGCUGGAAACGAAAGACAGAGUUGGUUCCGUCGAAGUAUCAGAUGGCAGAUCGAUAGUCCCGAGUGGCGAUGAAGAUAGGGGCGGUCUUUCGGAAUGUCCAGUGUAGAUUGUCACAGUGGAAAUCGUGGCCGGAGGAGAGAUGCAGUGUUCUCCGCAUGCUGUGACAGUGACGGUCUUUGUGUGACCAUGACUCUGGCGAGCGUUGAGGUUGUUGGGCAAAGCGAAAGUAAGGGCAGAGCUUUUGCUCAGAAGAGCCAAACGAGUGGUUCCGUACAUGUUCUCCGGGAGAUUGGAGGUCCUGAACGAGUGUAUGGUCCUCCGAGAGUCACGGAAACACACAAAAGUGCUUGAGGGUUGGGAAUGUGUGAGGCUACUGGGCUGGAAACUGGGCACAACUCCGUGUGGCCCUUAUUACUUAUACCCUUUCGCCU